AUGAGCGAUACUAUCAACGUUGAAGAACUCAACACUAAAAUGCAGGCUGUCCUCGACGCCUUCGAAGCACACCCCGAGUGCUCGCCUCCCAACACAAACCCCACCAUAUACUUCGUCUACGACUUCAUUCGAAACACCUACAACCAACUCAAGCAGAUCGACGCCGCCAAGUACGCCGCCGGCGAUAAUGCCACCGAUGCCGCCGUCCGCGAAAUCGUCGGCCGCAACGCUUUCGCCUCAGUCCUCAUCAACGAUACCUCUGGCAAGAUGGCUAUGAUGACAGGCGGUGACCCUUCUGCCCCUACCAACUUUGGUGAUGAUAUCAAGGCUACCGUCGCGACCUUGUAA